CCGCCACGGCGGCAGUCCGCCGCUCCACGCCGACCUAGCGCCUCGCGCCACUGCGCCACUCGCGACCCGCGCAGCAUCACGCGAAACAAACUCACAACCGCCGCCUGAUUGCUAAGUGCUCAACCCGUAUUUUUAAAAAGUGAUAAGGGUGAAAAUAUUUUUCUAUUAAAACUGUGAUAGUCAGGCGAGCGAGGCUCGGGUGGGGCGCGUUCCGCUGACACAGUGGCUCAGUCCGCCGCCGGUCGCCGAGUGGCAAGCACCAUCGAUUUUCUCCAACUGUACGCGAGCAAUACCAAAGAUGCAUAUUGAAGUGCAAGUAGCCCUUAAUUUCGUCAUAUCGUACCUGUACAACAAACUGCCGAGACGGCGAGUGAAUAUCUUCGGCGAAGAGUUGGAGAAAGCGUUGAAGGACAAGUUUCGGGGUCACUGGUACCCCGACCGGCCGUGUCGAGGGUCUGCCUUCCGAUGCCUGAAGACCGGGGGGCCGUUAGACCCGGUCUUGGAACGAGCGGCGCGGGAGUCGGGCGUUCCUGUGAGGGACGUCCUGGAACAUCUACCGCGGGAUCUCGCCGUCUGGGUCGAUCCAGGUGAGGUGUCAUACCGCAUCGGAGAGAAAGGAGCCGUGAAGGUGCUGUUUAGCAGCGACGAGCGGGCUGCGGAUGAACGGACCGACCGUGAGGUGACCCGCGCGUUCAACCCCGAGGCGCAGUGCUUCCGGCCGGUGGAGCCGGCGGCGGCGCCGUCCCCGCCCGCGCCUGCGGCCUUCUCCCCCGCGCCGCCCUUCCGCGCGCAGCCACUCACCUUCACCACGGCUACCUUCGCGCAGACCAAGUUCGGCAGCACGAAGCUCAAGACGAGCAGCAAGCGCGCCAACCGCAUGUCGCCCACGGAGUUCAGCAACUACAUCAAGCAGCGCGCCGUGCAGCAGCAGCUGGCGGCGCGCGCGCUGUCCCCGGCCGCGGACCCAGCCGCCUACUUCGUGGCGCGGCGCGACCCGGCGGCGCCCGCCUCUGCGCCGCCCUACCCGCCCGCGCCCGCGCACCUGCUGCUGGCCAACUGAGCCGCGCACGCGCGCUAGAGCUCCGCGCGAUCCGCUCAUAGAGUCUUUACUUUUUUACGAGAGAGACGCGCGCCGCGAUUUAUUUUUUUAUUUUCCGCGGGGGCGUCCCGCGCCGCCCGCCGCUUGUGAUAUCCGUACGAUUUUCCAUAACUUUUUGUAUUCUCGUUCGUUACGUCGAUGUGUAAAUUUAUCGAUAGGAGCAAUAAUCGGCCGCGCGACUCGCCGGCGAUUUAUUUUCGUAAUAUUAUAAUGCCGAGUCAAGUUUUUGAUGUCUUCGUUCGAUAUCGAUAUAUUCGUAGGGUGUAAGGGAACGAGAGGCCGCACGGCCGCGUGCGCUUACGACGACGUACCUUCUAGAGCGAGCCUGUAUACAUACGUCCUCCGAUCUAAGAAAAAUACUGAUAUAUAAAUAUGUAUACAUAAUAUAUAUUCGUACGCGAUAAUUGUCUAAUUUUUCACGUGGAAACGAAAGGCCAAUAGAGAAAUUACGUAUUUUUAAUAUUGAAAUUCAUACUUACUAUAGUGUACUGGUAUGUAUUACCUACUCGUAUGUAGGUAAUAAAUGUUUGCAUAUCCGUUCGGACGGCGUCGGACGGCGUGGCGGGCCGCCCGAAGGCGUCGGAGAUCUCACCUAGUGUAAUCAUCACUCGUACGAUUGUACCCUUAUAAUAAUAUAAUAUACAUAAUAUAUUAAUAGGAUUAGCUACGUUUCAAUCUAACAGUAUUUUUUUAAAAAGAUAUUAGUCCUCGUGUACAUUUCCGGCCGACCGCAUCGCGACGGCCGGUCUUUAGUCUGUAUGGUAUACUUAUAUAAUAUUGUUAUAAUAAAAGACAUGAAUAUGAAUAAAUGAUAGAAAAAAAUAUUUCUCAAUUCAUAAAAUAACGGGUGCAUGCAAAUUCAUGGAAAUAAAUACUAUGUGUUAUUUAUCUUUUUUAUAUUUCACUUGGCAAUUGGUAUCAGUUUUUCAAUGGAGGCAAUAAGUAGUGUUCCUAGAUAGUGGGUAGCCUGUGUAGCGGUAUGCGAGUAGGCAGCUUGUUGUUGAGCGGGCGCCGCGUGCCGCGCGCGGCUCGCGUGCCACAGUGUUCAAUGCACAACAAUGACAAGUUGUAUUUCUUGGAAAUGUGCAACUAUUUUUUACUAUUUUUAUAUUUUGAUUUAGAAUUAAGUCUAGUUGUAUGAUUUGAAUACCUGUACCCUUUAUGAUAUCCUCGUUAAUUAUUAAAAUUAUUACGUAAUGUGUAUAUCGCGGUCUCGAUUGAAAAACUGACCAUAUAUGCUACAGUAUUUUGUAGAUAAAAUCUAUAAUGUAAGUUUAAAUAAUACAACUUAGUGUAAUGAGAUUUUUAUUAUAAAGAUUCUUUUUAUUUUCUUCCUUUUGUAAGAUUAUAUUCGAUGGAAGUGUUAAAGAUAAUAUAAUAUUUGCAUAAUAUAGUAAAAGCGGCUCUCCAUGUCCGCAAUAUAAUUAGUCAAUAAUAAUUUUUCAUAUUGUUGUACGACUUUUUAAGUUUAUAUUAAAAUGUUUUGUGCAAUCUACAAAA